AGAGUCAGCGGUCGCAGUCUUCAACACUGACAUCGUUAUCUUUCAAAUUGAGUUUGUGUCUUUGCAAGUUCAGACCGUGGUGCGCGUUUUCGUCCAAUUCCGAUUUGCAAGUUGUACAAUAAUACCAUCCAAUAGGCGCUUUUGCUCUCUUGUGGCCUGCGGAAAAUUCUAUAUUUUCAAUUUUUGGAGUGCGCAUUUGCGGAAAAAUUAUCGACGACCCGGGUGGUAGUCGUUGUCUUCCGUCGUCCAAAGGUGUAUAGGCGGUGGUAAAAGUGGAAAAAAAUAGUUACAUCAGUGCGAAAAAUUUCCAGCUAUUUGGCGAAGAAAGCAAAAUAGAAGGCGAGAAAAGGCAAAAAAAAAAGCGAGUGCUAAAAAAGCAAAUUUGCGAAGGUGUGUUCCUAUCCGUGAAUGGACAGGCCUACUGAAAAUAUAGUGACCCAUCCAAUUUCUUCCGGCAGAUACGUUCGUAGACAUUAGCAAACAGUCAACACAUUCGUGAGUGGAAAUCGUCUCAAAAUAAUCCAGCGCACCCCGAUUCUCUGCAGGAGAACACUUCGACAGUUUGAAGUUUGAGUGAUUGAAAAACAGCACAACAGAAGUGGAAAGACGAGUAUCCCGCGGAGUAUCGUAGAUUUUACUGCUGCGAUAGUGAGGGAAGUUAGUGAAGCAACCAAGCAAGAAAACCGUAGAGCAAAAAGUGCAAAAGUGCAUUGGAAAGUGCUUUUUAGAAGCAGAUAAAAAGGUGUCAGCUCGCGGCUAGUGAGGGUCGAUAAGGUGCCAGACAAAGAAGUGAUCCGCGGAAAAGCGAAGGAAAAAAACGAUACAGCUUGAGCUAGAAGUACCCGUGCUGAUUCGGUCAGUAUUCGUUGCCGCUAGAAGUGAGCAGCGCGUGUGAGUGUAAUACUCACCGAUCGAUUUUUUUGGGAGCAAGCGUUAUAUAAAAAAGGCCUCACCAUUAGCAGCAGUAUGGCGUUCGCUGGUCUGAAGAAGCAGAUCAACAAAGCGAAUCAAUAUGUCACGGAAAAGAUGGGCGGUGCGGAAGGCACCAAGCUGGAUCUGGACUUCAUGGAGAUGGAAAGAAAAACAGACGUUACGGUUGAGCUAGUCGAAGAGUUGCAAGCAAAAACGAAAGAAUACUUGCAACCGAAUCCGACGGCCAGAGCGAAGAUGGCAGCGGUCAAAGGUAUUUCUAAAUUAUCAGGUCAAGCUAAAAGUAAUACUUAUCCACAACCAGAAGGUAUAUUGGCCGACUGUAUGCUGACAUACGGCAAAAAGCUCGGUGAUGACAGUAUCUUUGCAAUUUCCCUCGUCGAAAUGGGCGAUUCGCUCAAACAGAUGGCCGAUGUGAAGUACUCGCUUGACGACAACAUCAAGCAAAACUUCCUCGAGCCACUGCACCAGCUACAGACUAAGGACUUGAAGGAGGUUAUGCAUCAUCGUAAAAAACUGCAAGGACGACGUCUUGAUUUCGACUGCAAAAAGCGGCGACAAGCCAAAGAUGAUGAAAUCCGGAGCGCUGAGGAGAAGUUCGCCGAAUCCUUAACGCUGGCACAGGUUGGAAUGUAUAAUCUGUUGGAGAAUGAUGUAGAGCAGGUCUCACAGCUAGUCACAUUCGCCGAAGGCCUGUUGGACUAUCACCAACAGUGCGCUGAUAUUCUACGGGUACUAGUCGAGGUGCUAAAUGAGAAACGGGACGAAGCCGCCAGUCGUCCGAAGUCCGAAUUUGUGCCCAAAACACUGGCGGAUCUAAACAUCGAAACGCUCGGCUCCCAGGACGGAAUGAACGGCGGUUCAUCAUCACGUCUUAAUUCACCGGUCAAUAAACCGACACAUCUGGAACUCUUGGGUAACGGUCAAGCGCAGGCGCGUUCCACCAAUGCAUCACCGUUGCCAUCCCCGAUGCGGUCUCCCGCGAGGACACCAAUGCCGGCGGCAAAACCAACGCAGCCAUGCUGUACGGCCCUGUAUGAUUUCGAGCCGGAGAAUCCCGGAGAGCUGGGCUUCAAGGAAAAUGACUUGAUCACGCUCAUCCAGCGCGUGGACGAGAACUGGUUCGAGGGUAGUGUAAACGGCAGAACCGGCUACUUCCCGCAGUCGUACGUGCAAGUCACCGUUCCAUUACCUUAAGAUGCUGUAUUUUAAAAUUACGUAACACAAACUCACACACGACCGACUCCCCAUACAAACUCCAAACCCAAACCCAAACACACUCACACACGCAUACACGAUCUAUAAUUGUAAUUGCCCCUUUUAAUAAUUAAUAACUAUUACUAUUAAUUAUAACAACAAGAGUAACUAUAAUAAUGCUACUGCUGGCUGGGCGAGAAGGCACACGGGAAAAGAAUGCUAGCGACGUCAGGCAAAUAAUAUAAUUCAUUCGACAGAGGUUGAUGAAUAAUAAUACAAAGGAAUGCGAAGCUAAGUGUUUUGAGGACGGAACCAUCCAAUCGUUUACAAGCAUGCUUCGUGUGGACAUUGAACGCAUGGAAUUAAUGAGUCCUCGUACCAGCAGUAGCGCAGCAACAGCAGCAAACACAGAAAAUAAGUAACGGAUUUUACUAGAUUACGGAGCAAAAGAUACCGAAGUUAGGAAGUAUUUACACAAGAGAUUUAUUGCAAUUCAGUCGCAAUUUAGCCUGUUCUGUUUACUCUCAAGAGAAAAAUGAAAGACGUAUAUUCGGCUGCGAGCGAACAGAGUGGUGAGGAUGCAUGAACUGAACCGAUGAACCGAUUUCUGUGUACGUGUAAAGUGUUAAGCAUUAUCUACAAAUCUCUAGUUAGGAAUGACGGACGAUACCACGCUGCUGCUUUGGUUUGUCAAAUAUAGCCCUCGCGCGCGAAGCCGAGUAGUAGCAGUAGUGUAGCAUACAGGAAGACAACCAAACCACGGCGUUUCGACGUGUAUGAGGCGGAAAUAGUCCCUACCAUAUAUCGACACACAGGUUCUUAGUUUAAUCUAUUAGCGUAUUUCGUUGGCUUUAAGACAGAUUUUAUUCAUAUUGAAGAGUCGUUAGUGAGAAGGAUGAUAGUGUCGUCACGAUAGUUUAACGCCGUUCUGGCACGCGUUCUUCUGUUAAGAGAGAGAGAUUUUAUUGCCGCAACACUGAAUUAGUUACGUUACGUAAGAGCUUUCGCGCCCAGGGAACGCGCGAGUGCAAGAGUGAAUGCAAACCGAAGAUUUCGUUGGAAUAAUUUGCUUCCCCCUUUCCAAUCUACUCUCCCCUCCUGUAUUUUCUAUUGGUUUCGUAUCCGUUUUAUGUUGAUUGAAUCGAGCUGUUUGAGCGUUUGCGCGUUAUCCUUCCGAUAUAGUUAGCGUUAGAUAGACUGUUUAGUUCGAACGAGUAUUAUUGUGUAUAUAGUUUUUAGCAACUCAUUGAAUAAACUCAAUAUAAGAUCAGUUA